UUGUUUUAGGUGAACUGAAUGUGGAUUGUAAAACAAUGAAAAAGUGAUAAAUAGUGUUUACAUUUGUUUUCUAAUUUGUUUUAAAGUUAUAAUUUAAAAUAUAACAAACCAGUUAAAGGUGUUCUUAUUCCAUCAAAAGUGUAAACAAACAAAAUUACUUAUAAUUAUGUAUAAUGUACCACAUAAGUAUCGCCAAGUUUGUCGAUUGUGCCUCACUUUGGUUAAUGAGCAAGAUAUUGCAGAUCUACAAAUAUAUAACAGUGAGAAAAGUCCCAAUGAAAAACUUAACCAACAUAUUCAUAACUUUAAAAAGUGCAAUAUAAAUGAUAAUGUAUCAAAAUGUGUAUCCAAUGCCUUCGACUCAAAAUCAUGUUGCUGUCAAUAUGAUAACUCGUUAUCAGCAGUGGAAAGCAAUAAUGAAAUGGGCUCAUUGAAUCAUCUUCACAAAAGCAAUUACACACCAAGUGUGCCUUCUGCCUCUGUCAACCCGCCAUGCACUAUAGAAUCCAAAAAGUUUGAUCCAAUAUUUUCAAAUAAAAAUAGUCUGCAAACUAAUUUAACAACAUUACACUUUCAAUCAACAUCAACGACACAAGACGUUGAACAACAAAAAAGAGUAACAUCUAAAUCAAUUGGUCAAGGCGAGCAUCAAAUUAUACAUAGCCUACCCAGCAUAGGAUAUGACACUGCUGAAUCUAUUCCCACAAAAAAUCUAUUAUAUGAAGUUGACGAAAUUUCUUCAACACACGAGGAUUACAGCCAAGAGCAUAAAGAUGAUUCAUCACCGCAUAUUUCAAUUCAGAUAUUCAACUGUCUCUCUAUUAAGCCAUUACCGAAUGAUGGGUUCCCCUCUGUUAUCUGUCAUGAGUGUCGAAGUAAACUUGAAUCGUUUUGGAAGUUCCGUAACAUGGCACAUAAUUCUCAUUAUGCGCUAAGAGAUUUUUUGGCACUAUCGGAAUCGUCCAAGCUUAAUUCAAACAAGUUGGAAACAAAAUUGGAUGCAAUUUUAAAAUCUUCAUCUGAAGCAAUUGCUGCGAAGGCACUGACUGAGCUGAGCAAAUCUUCAAAAAGUAGAUACAGCCAACGGCAACUAACAUAUGAUAACAGUAUGAAGUCUUCAAAGGAAAAAGGACGCCAGAACGAAAAUAAAAUUAAUGAUAUUCAAACGCCUUUGAUAUAUUCAAAUUUGUUGGAAAGUCCACAACAGCCAGUAAACACAAUUGAACGAGAAUCAAUUCUAGUUAAACACAAUGUAACUGCGGCAGAUAAAUCCAAAAAGGCGGAUGUAUCUUUCGAAUUAGAUAAUGGUGUGGAACUACAUACUAAAGUUUCAGAUGUUGAACAAUACAAGAAUUUGCAACAGCAAUUAGAGACUGCAGCAGUACUUAUGGAUAUAAGUAAAAAAAUUGUCAUAUCGCCUCCAUGUUCGAAUCCUCAAUCUCCUUGCGUUUCUGCAUUUGUAGAUACAAGUAUUAAAAGUUCUGUGAUAAAAUCAAAACGUCCAUCUAUUAAUAAUGAUGUGCAAGAGGGCAUUGAAAUAGACUUAUCUGUCAAAAAAGUGAAAAGGGAACACAGCAGUCAAAUGAAUAAUCCAACAACAAGUAACCUUUCCCAAUCUCAAAUACUUGAUAUCGAUGCAAGUCAUAUGAGGAAUGAUGGAAACUUAAGGAAGUAUAGUAUUACUCUAAAUGAAGUUGGCCCUUCUAGCUACCAACUGAACACCAAAAAUCUGCAUACCGAAAGUAUUGCUUCUGGUUUAUCGGUUUCUGAGGACAGCUCUGAUUCAAAUAAAUUAGAAAUGGAUAUCGCAUCUGCUAUGUAUGACAGAAAGACUCCAGAGAGCGUAAGUUCUGACCAUGCGACAGAUGCUGUUACUACUCAACUGUGGCAAGCAUUAGCUCGCUCGGCUGCUAAAAAUAAAGAUGAAAGUCGCGCAACACAGCUUUUACGGAAUAUGAUGAGUCACACUUACGGAUUUCCUGUGCCGUCAACCAUUGCAUUGACAAAAGUACCUGAAGAACCUAUACCACUUUUAAAGGAUAUGCCUGAAUCGCAACCGAAUGUUGUCAAAAUAUGUAGAAGAAAGCAGAGUUUUCCUACUAAAACAGAUUGCAAGGAAUCUCCAGAUAUUACAGACACCGAUACUCGUCUUCAUCCAGAAAAUAUGUCUAAUGCAAAUACAGAAGGAAUAACAGAUAAGAAGAGCAUAAAAUGUAGCAGCACUGCUGCUCUAUCUACUUCUCAAAAGGAUAUGUCUUGUUCUAAUUGUGGUACACUGACAACAACAAUUUGGAGACGGAGCGUAAGAGGAGAAAUGGUUUGCAACGCUUGUGGGUUAUACUUCAAGCUUCAUGGCGUUAAUAGACCCCAUUCUAUGAGACGUGAUACUAUUCAUACACGGCGCAGGCGUCCAAAAGAAUGCGAAAAAUCUAAAAAAAGAAAUAGGCAAAUACCCGGCACUACUGUAGUAGAAUAUGAAAGAGAUAAUAGCCCCAUAGAAUGCAAGAAAUCGGAUAUGUCCUUGGCAGAGGAGACACCCACAUUUUCAAAUUUAGUAUUUAAGAAAUACAAAACGGAAAUAUCUGAGACAGUAGGGACGGCAGAAACACUCAAAAAUGUUAUAUUAAAACGAACAAAAUCACAAUCUUUGCUUGAGUUUAAUGAAACCCAUGCAGGCGAAGAACUAUCUGUACCUCUUAACCUUGUUUCCAGUGAAAAUAAUUCAAAGUUAACAUACAACGCCAAAUAAAAUUCAAGUAAUCAAGCCAUCAAGCGCACACAAUUUAUAAUGAGCUCAUGAAAUCAUUAAAAACUAUUAUCGUUAUAUAUGCUCACACUAAUUUGUAUUCUUAGAAACUAAUACCAAAUUGCAAAAAAAGGGGUUCAAAGUUGUAAUAUUAUGGUGUGAAAAGUUUUAUUUUAAGCACGGACAGAAUUACUUAAUUCUUUUUAUACAUAUAGUAAAAAUGUAAGCAAUUAAAGAGAUAUUUAUACUUAUACAUGAUUCAGUAUUUUUAACAUUUAAUGACUUCUAAGUAGCUUGACAUUAUAAAACAAAAUUUAUAUCAGUAACCCAUUGAACUUUUUUUAGAUUGACGAUGGGAUACCCUAAAUAGGCUUUCGAAUACAUAAAUCAUUUGCGAUCUUUUCUCCAUUUUUAAAGUUAAUUAUUCACAGACAUUUUCAUUAUAGCCUACGUCGUCAAUAAAAAUUAAAAAAAAAGGCUUCCCUUUUUUAAAAGGAUACUUCACAAUUUAAAGUCAAUUCAAUCAAUUCACACGAGGAAAAUGUCUAUUUUUUAAACAGUUCAAUUCUAUAUUAUAAGGAGGUCGGGGUAUCCCAUGGUCAAAUUUUGAUAAGUGUUAAAGGCUUAGCCUAUAAUAUCGUUGCAGGACUUAUUCAGCUGUUGGAAAAAAUUAUACUCAUUGUACGACUUACACCUUACCUCUUUUAAAUAGAAUGAAUUUAAACCCUUGCUUUAAACAAAAAAAUUCGUUUUGCGGCUUUUACAUCAACUGUGUGCCGCAUGAUUUCAAUUAAAUUGGCAGUAGGUUGUGAAAUACAAAUAUAACCGAUCUGUUAUGUAUCACCAAAAUAAAAUUAAUAAAUGUUGGUCUUUCGAAUAACGUUGAAAUAAAA